ACAGGUGACAGAAAAAUAUCAACAAAACAUCUGUGGUUUAUCAUCGAUAUAUUUAUUAUUAUCAUAUUGAAUUAUCGCUCUUCGUAGGUAACACAGCUUUUUCGUUACGCAAGUAAAGUAACACAAUCAUUCAGCAUCCGAACUCCUUCGAUACCGGACAAGUGCACUUCUAAUGUGAACGAUUUAUAUGUGUGAAAAAACAAAUUUUAACGAUGAAUAAUCUUAUAUUGCGACUACAGAACACAAAAAUAAUCUCAACAUCCAUUAGAAGUUUGUCUUUAUCAGCUUCUCUUAAUAAAAAUUAUUCAUGCAAACUGCUAGUGGUCGGAGGAGGGUCAGGAGGCUGUACUAUAGCUGCUAAAUUCACCAAAAGACUCAAAAAAGAUUCUGUCAUUGUUUUGGAGCCUAGUUCGAAACACUACUAUCAACCAUUGUUCACACUGGUCGGUGCUGGUGUGAAACCAGUGUCGUCUACAUGUAGAUCUGAAAAAAGCGUGCUACCAGCCGCCGCUAAAUGGAUACAGGAUUCCGCGCAGUGUAUUGACGCUGAGAACUGCCGCGUUACCACUGCGAAUGGUGACGUCAUCAACUACGAGUACAUCGUUAUUGCGGUCGGCUUGAACAAUGACUAUAGCAAGGUUCCCGGUCUGAGCGAGGCUCUGAAGGACGAGAACAGCGGUGUGUCGACUAUAUUCGACGCGGCGUACUGUGAGAAGACAUGGCGCGACAUGCAGAGGUUCAAGGGUGGUAACGCUAUCUUUACUUACCCCAACUCACCCCUCAAGUGUCCCGGCGCGCCGCAGAAGAUUGCCUACUUAGCUGAUUCGUAUUUCACUAAGGUGAAUGUUCGUUCAAAAGCUAACAUAGUGUACAACACAUGCCUGCCUGUGAUAUUCGGCGUCAAGAAGUAUGCAGAUGUUUUGCUCAAAGUUGUAGAGAGGAAGAAUAUUCAGGUCAACUACAAGACCGUUCUCAAGCAGCUCGACCACACCAAGAGAGAAGCUGUGUUCUACUGCACUCAGGAUACUAGUAAGGAGUUGACAAUGCCAUACGGCAUGUUGCACGUAGCUCCCCCCAUGUGCACGCCGGACUUCCUCCGCAACAGUCCGGGUAUAGUGGACGCGGCGGGAUUCCUCACUGUAGACAAGUUCACGCUGCAACAUGAAAAGUAUAACAAUAUGUACGGCAUUGGAGACUGCACUAAUACUCCUAACAGCAAGACUGCUGCAGCUAUUGCAAAACAAAGCUACGUGUUAGAACAUAAUCUGAUGCAGACAAUGAAGAAGGAUCACCCCACUGAGCAGUACAACGGGUACGGAGCCUGUCCCCUCGUCACCUCCUACAAUACCUGCAUCAUCGCUGAGUUCCUAUACGAUGGUGUACCUAGAGAAACAUUCCCCAUUAAUCAGGCACGGGAGAGUAUAAUGGCAUACUAUAUGAAAAGAGAUCUUUUUCCCUUCCUUUAUUGGCAUUUUAUGCUAAAAGGUAAUUACAACGGCCCAGAGUUUGUGAGGAGAAUCAUCAAUCCUUUCGCUUAUUCAACAACCCUGAGAAAAUAUGAUUUAAUAAAGAAAAACAAUUAUUCAAUGGCCACUUUAUUGUGGAAACAAAGAAAUAUAUUAUGGUCAUCAUGUAGGCAGUACUAUAGUAUGGCAAUGAGCCAUCAAAAAUACAAAUGUAAAGUUGUAAUAGUCGGAGGCGGUGCCGGCGGCUGCAGCAUAGCGUGGAGACUGGCAAGACUAUUGAGAGGCAAAGAUAUCAUCGUUUUAGAGCCGUCUGAGGUUCAUUUCUACCAGCCAAUGUUUUCGCUUGUCGGAGCCGGUAUAAAGCCAUAUUCAGACAGUCACAGACCUCUGCAGGCGUUAAUACCAGAAGAUGUGAUAUGGAUCAAAGACCAUGCAGACGGAUUCGAUCCUAGCCACAACGUGGUACACACGCGGUGGGGCAAAAAGAUUCAUUACGAAUUUAUGGUGGUAGCAGUCGGCUUGAAAAAUGACUACGAUAAGAUUCCAGGUCUAGUGAAGGCACUGGACGACCCCACAAGUUGUGUCAACUCGACGUUUAGUUCGCAGUACUGCGAGAAGACGUGGCGCUGCGUGCGCGGCUUCGGCGGCGGCCAUGUGCUGUUCACCUUCCCCAGACAGGUUGGCAAGUGCUCAGGGGCUGCACUCAAGAUUAUGUUCCUCUCUGAUGAUCAUUGGAGACGGCAAAAACUAGAAGAGAGAACGAAUAUAACAUUUGUGACGGGUGGGGACAUGCUGUUCGGGGUACAGAAGUACUCUGCGGCACUACACAAAAUAACAGUGCGCAAGAAUAUAGCUGUCAAUCGUAGUCUAGAAUUAAUGGAGCUCAGCAAGACAGGCGCUACUUUCAUCACAAAUAAUGGACAGUGUAUAACAUUCCCAUAUGCAUUCUUGCACGUGACUCCGCCCAUGUCCCCGCCCACCUGUCUUAGUUCGUGCGCACACCUGACCUCUGACGAGGGCUAUCUGGAUGUCGACAAGUACACCCUGCAGCACAAGUUGUACCCUAAUAUUUACGGUGUAGGAGACUGUAUCAAUACAACUAAUAGUAAAACUGCUGCCGCUGUUGCACGUCAAAGUUAUGUAGUGGCACGUAAUUUGUCAAAAACAAUGGAGGGAAAGCCUCCUGUUGUUAAAUACGAAGGAUACGGCGCUUGUCCCGUGAUGACGUCAUAUGUCAGGGGAAUACUUGCAGAAUCUGUUUAUGACAAGAAACCUUUCGAGACGUUCCCAUUCGAUCAGAGCAAUGAACACAAACUUAUCGCUUUUUUAACUAAAACCUAUCUACCAUAUUUGUAUUGGAACAAAUUAAUAAAAGGCAAAUGGAACGGACCUUUAACUCUGCGCAAAAUAAUCAAUCCUUUAAGAAAAUAAACAAACAUGAUAU